AUGGCCGGCUUCUCUCCCCUCUACAACGCUCUGUUCCGAAGGAACGCCCAGAUGCUUGGUGUCGUCUUUGGUGCCGGUUUCGCCUUUGAGCUCAUCUACAACCAAGGCAUGAACAAGUUGUGGGACAACUUGAACCGAGGAGUACCGCCAAUGGCAGGACAUCCGCAGCCGCUACGUCGAGGACGCCGAGGAAUAGAUGGUUGUACGGUCAAAUUACAUUUUGUUGAAAAGAGCCGCCCUGCGUCACCACGCCUUCGCCUUCCCUCGAUACCUACCGCCAAGUCAUAUACUUGGGAUAUCGAUCCGAACUCAUGGUCCCGUGCCCACUUACUGCAGUUCCGCGCAGAGCCAGGGCGCGUCUUCAUGCUGCUAGUGAUGUGA